UCGUCUUCGAGGGACGGGCGCUAGACGGUCUACCCCCUCGUGUUUGGACAGCCCUGCCGGGGGAGGGGGAGAGAGGACCUGGGGUGAGAAGAAGACGGGCGCGCGAAAGGCGUCGCGACGCGCGCGGCUGGCGUCAGUAGCGUCCGCGGAUCAGGCGCGGCCGGUCGGGGGGAGAGUUUCGACGCGGCGAUCUCUUCCUUCCCUUCCGGAGCUGGGGAGGACCGACGUGUGUGUGUGGAUGGCGGAGGAGCCGGUGUGACCCUGCUGACCCCCGUCGGCCGGAAGAGCUGGAUGGUCUGCUACUGAGGGCGCGACGGCCCGCCGCGGGAGGCGUCCCCAUGUACAAGGCCGCCGAUGCGACGCCGGGCGCCGCGACGCCCUACAGGGAAGGCGCGGCCCUGGACGAAGCCGUGGGCAAGCUCCUGGAAGGCUACGACUGGACCUUGCUGCCCGUGACGCAGAAGUCGACGGCGAAGAGGAAGCAGCACAUCAAGAGGCCGAUGAAUGCCUUCAUGGUGUGGGCCCAGGCGGCCAGGAGGAAGCUGGCCGACCAGUACCCUCAGCUUCACAACGCAGAGCUCAGCAAGACAUUGGGCAAGCUCUGGAGGAUCCUGAGCGAAGAAGAGAAACAGCCGUUCAUAGAAGAAGCGGAGAGACUCCGCACAGCCCACAAGAAGGAUCACCCCGACUACAAGUACCAGCCGCGCCGCCGCAAGCCGCCCAAGAGCAGCGCCGUGCUGCCUGUGACGGCCGGCGACCAGGAGCUGCCCGGCACCUCGGGGGUCAGCUCCUCCUCCUCGCCCGGCGGCCAGGACACCCCCCGGUGCCACAGAAUGAAGCUGGGCCCGACUGAAUCCCCGCCCGGCCCAGACUGCUCGUUCUCCAAGCUGUACUCGAACAGGGAAGCGGAGUUGAGAAGCGUCCAGGAAGAUCACAAGUCGUAUCCUUGCGCGCACCCGCAGUACCAGCUCAUGUCCCCGUCGGGCCCGGAGGCGGCUGCAGAGGCGGCGCUGCCCCGCCACCACCAGCCCCCGUUCCGCGCCGCCCCCGCCGGCGCCGGCUUCGUGUACCCGCCGCCGCCCGGCGCCGACGCGGGCCCCGGGGGCGGCGGGGGCGGUCCGGGGGCGGCGGGGGCGGGCUGCUUCGCGCCGGCCGGGUACGGCGCCGGGGGCGGGGACUUCCUGCACCACCACCACCACCACCACCACCCCCAGGGGGCGGCGCCGGGCUUCGGGGGCGGGCCGCACCAGGCCUUCUACCCGUACGGCUCGCCGCACCAGAGCGCCUACUACAUGCCGCCGCGAUAA